UGGAACGGUGGCAGAAGACUGGUAGACGUUGACUUUCAGACAGCACAGCUCCUCCGGUGUCAUGGACAGAGUCCUUUCUACAAAUCUGUAUCUCGGUCUCUUGGCCUUAAUGCUGCUGCACAGAACGCAUAUUGUGCAAGGCCACAGCCUCUUGAGUCCAGAAAACCAUGUGCUUGGGCCAAAAGAAGAAACAGAUGUUCAGAACAAGAUACUUGCAUUACUGUUGCAUAAAAGCCUGGCGCCACUACCAGUGGACAGAAAUGAAGCUAUCGGUCUGGAAAUGGCCAGAAAAAUAUCAGAGCUCCAGGAGCUGGAGGCUUUGAAAAAAGACCUUGACCUGCAGAGGGAUUUUGUCUCAGACACAGUGAUGCCUCUUCCACAAAAGAUGGAGUGA